UUUUUUCAAACGAGAGUUGGUCCUAGAUUUAUUCAUUUAUUUAUUGUAAGAAAUCGAAAUACUCUCAUGUCCUCAAUCCCCUUCAAUCUCUCUCUAAUCUUCUCAGAUUUCGACGCUUAUUCUAUUCAAUUUAAUCGAAACAGAGCUUCAAAAAUCCGAGACCGAAAUGGGAAUUCCAUCGACGAUGAGGGACGCUUGGGCAAACCGAAGAAAUUCGCAUUUGAUUGCUUCACCCGCUGAGGAUCAGAAGAUUCUGAAUUCACGCCGUUGCACUCAAGAGGGUGUUCGAGCAGGAGUGAAGGCAGCUUCCAUUGCUUGUGUUGCCAGUGCUGUGCCUACUGUAUGUGAUCUUUAUCACUACUUUCUGUAUUCACUGUGUAUACAAUUUCUGGAUUUAUUUGGGACAUUUUACUGGUUUAUCAGUACACUUUCAAUGUGGGUAUUUGGCGUUCAUAACUGUUCAAUAACAAGAUUGAUUCACAUAAAAACCACCAAAUCGGUAGGUAUCAUUUCAGAUAGAAAACAAUCACUUGCUUUAGGGGGGCCAAGCGAGAAUUUUUGUUGAGAGAGGCAAAGUUAUAACUUAUACUCAACUUUUUCCUAUUUGACAAUCUCAUGUUCAUUAUCUUAAGCGAAGAAAAUCCCAAAUAUAUGUGGCCAAUGUGGAAAUUCCGGAGGAGCAAGAACAAAAUUUCAUACGGGCAAAUCAAAAAUAAGUUUGAAACUAUCGAUAGAAAUAAUAUUUGGACUUUUAGUGGGGAUAAAUUAAUGAUUAAAAAAAAAAAAA